UGGGCGUCGCUGCUGACGAAUUAUCUCAAAAAUAGGACCAACCUUAAACGAGUCUUCGUGCUGAUCGAUGCACGACACGGUGUGAAAUCCACGGACACCGAGUUUAUGAACUUCCUCGACUUGCAGACAAUUCCAUACACUAUAGUUAUGACUAAAGCGGAUCUAUGUCCCCCGAAAAACAUUGCAAAGACAAUAUACAUCCUAGAAAAUGAUAUCGCAAAGCACACACAUGCUUCGCCAAGGCUAAUUCCUUUCUCAGUGAAAGUCCCCGAGACCGCUUCGAAUCUGAAGACGGUGCUAUAUAACAUGACGCGGCCACCAGUACCAAUCAAAAAG